ACCCGUUUGGCAACCUCGGGCGCAGCCAGGCCCCGCCCAGAAGUUUCCGGGACACGCCCCGGAAGUGCUGAGAGGGACUUCCGCCCCGCGGCGAGGCCUCGGAGCUCGUUGCUGCUCACAGGCAGAGAAACGCUGAAGUGUUCCUGAAGACUCUUCAAUUACAGGAAAAGCUGCAUGACUGCAUCUUUAGAGGAGUUGGUUUCGCUGGUUCCAAGGAUUCUGUUAAUGAGAAAACUCCACAGGCCAGCAUUCUGUAAGCUGCCUCCAGCAGCCCAGUUGACAGUGGCUGAGGCCAGUUCCUGAUCAUCCUAUCUGAGGAACACCAGGAAUCAAGGCCAGAGGUGUGAACAAGGUGUCAACUCUGAAGGGAAGGUUUUUCUAAGGAUGGACCCACACCAGAAGGUCCCUAGCAUAUAUAAUGGGGAUACUUUACAAACUCCUGAGUAUGAAAAAGUCUCUCAGUAUGAGGACCAAUUAGAAAGGCAUGAGGGUAGGCGCAUGGAAGAAAGACGAUAUAAAUGCAAUGAAUGUGGAAAGAAGUUUGCCCAGAGCUCAGGCCUUGUUCGACAUCAGAGAAUCCAUACUGGAGAGAAACCCUAUGAGUGUGAUCACUGUGGAAAAGCCUUUAGCGUGCGCUCAACCCUCACUGUGCAUGAAAGAAUCCACACUGGUGAGAAGCCUUAUAUUUGUAAUGAGUGUAAGAAAGCCUUCAGUGUAAGGGCACACCUGAUUAUACAUCAGAGAAUCCACAAUGGAGAGAAACCCUAUGAAUGUAAUGAGUGUGGCAAAGCAUUUAGUGUGAGCUCAGACCUUAUCAAACAUCAGAGAAUCCAUACUGGUGAGAAACCUUAUGAGUGUGAUGAGUGUGGAAAAGCUUUCAGUGUGAGCUCAGCCCUCAUCAAGCAUCAGAGAAUCCAUACAGGAGAAAAGCCAUAUGAGUGUAAGGAAUGUGGGAAGGCUUUCUAUGUGAACUCAGCACUUAUUAAUCACCAGAGGAUUCACUCUGGAGAAAAGCCCUAUGAGUGUGGAGAGUGUGGAAAAGCAUUCAGCCAGAUCUCAACACUUAUUCAUCACCAGAGAAUCCAUACUGGAGAGAAACCAUAUGAGUGUGAAGAGUGUGGGAAAGCUUUCCGUGGGAGUUCUAACCUUACUAAACACCAGAAAAUACAUGCCAAAGGAAAGUGUCAUCAGUGAUUUAUGGGCAAAUAUAUUCCAAAGGGCUUUUGUUACAUCAGAAGAUACCAUCGAAAGAAGAGUAUGGUUAAAGUUAAUGCCUUAAUUGACACUUCACCCUUGAAAUACUGAAGUGAGAAAUCACUGAAAAGUAACUCCAUCAGCAUUGUUUCUAAGGCUCUAAAGUCACAUCUACUUCUGAGAAUGCAAUUUUGCAACUCAUAAGAAACAAGGUCUUACUAUGUUACCCUGGCUGGUCUCCACUUCCCCUGCUCAAGCGAUCCUCCCACCUUAUCCUACCUAAGUGCUGGAAUUACAGGCAUGAGCCACCAGGUUAGGCUAUUUUUCUAUUUUAACAGCGAUUUCUCCCUCUUGAGUAAUAGUCCUGAAAUUUUUUAUUCCUGAAAUUUAAUUCAUGUGAGGUUCAAAAUGAAUAUGCCAAAUCGAUAGAAAUUACAGAUAGCUUUGGUGGUUCACAUUUGGAAUAGAUUAUAGAGAACACUCUCUGGGAAGGUGAAAUGGUGUUCACUUCUUAGAAAGAGGCUCUGUGUUGCAAAGGGAUGCACAGUUUCCAUGAAUUAUCCUAAUCAGCACUUCAGGCAAGUCAGCUGUAAAACACACUGGACCUCAUGAAGCUCUGAGCCAACUUGUGGCCAGUAGGCACUAAGAUCAGAGAUGCAUAUGGAAAAGCACAUGAUGAAGCCUCUGGUAUUGGAGUAGUGCCUACAGCCCUGCCCAAGGCCUGGAUAUGGGGAUUGAAGGCAAAGAAGAUCAUGGUUCUGGAACUCACGUUGAGGAAAUGGACCUCACUCAGGGAAUGGGGCACAUUAGAGAAGGUAAAAUACAUACUGUACUUAGAGCAGAAGUGAAGGGCUUCAGGAAGUUCUCUUUGCUUUGCUGAGUUCAUCUGUGAAUUCUUUUGCCCUGCUUCUUCCUGUCUUUGGCAAGUGAAGGAGACUAGGUUUUCCUUGAUUUGACCUGUUACCCCAUUUCUGUGCUGUUACCUUCAAUGUUUUUAGUGUUUACCUUUCUAACUCCAGCUAUCUUGGUUUGUUUCUAGAAUGGAGGUUUACAGACAGUCAUCUGGGUGGAGGACACCCUUUUGGGAUCAGCACUGAAAGUAAUGCCAUAUCCCGUUCCAAACCAGCACAACUAUAAAUACUAAGCAGUGAGUGGUAUUCUGAAGACUGAAGGAGGAGCUAUUUCUGAAAACAAAUGUAUUUUGUUGAAGAAUUUAACCAUUAAGCGAUCAGGAUAUGUGUACUGUGAUUAUUCCUUUUGAGCUCAAAGUAAGGUAUUAGUGAUUAUUUGUUUUAGGUUGGGUCUUGUGCCAGAUGCUAGGAAUACAAAAACAAGUGAAAAAAGCACCCUAAUCUCGGGGCUCGAAGGCUAUUUGGUGACAGGGAGAAGAGAGUAGAUAGAAAACAACAAAUACUGUGAUAAAGCCUCUGGAUUUGUAGGGUACUUUGCACUGAAGAAGGUUUAACAAUGACUCACGAAAACAAUUGAAAAGGCUUUGGAGGAGGACCAAAGCUUGGAGGAAAAGAAUGAGUUCUUGAGCCACAUGAUAAAGAAGAAUGAGGGAGGGUACAGUGAGAAUAGCAUGUGAAAAAGCACAGUGCAUCUGGGGGUAAAGAAGGAAGUUUUCACGGACCUUGAUUAUAUUUCAAGAAUCAUAGAAUGUGCAUAUGAAAGUAGUAUAUUAUGACCAGACCAUGACAUUCUUUGUUCUGCUAAGAAGUAUGAAACAUAUUCUUUAGGCCAGUGUUUCUUCAAACAUUUUGUGCAGUAAGAAACCCAUUUUAUGUCAUAACUCGGUGUACCAUUUUUGGGAGAGACCAUCCUCCUUGGGCCUUGCAUUCCUACAUGUCUUGGUGGGUAUGCCAACAUUGCAAGGGCAUGACAGCUCUUACUCAGGCCACUUUUUAUUGUCAUGCAGCUAGUAACCUUGAAAGAUGAGGUGACAUCUCUUCGACUAAGAGUAGGUUAGCUUGCUUGCUUACUUAUUAUUGCUUGGUAUUCUUUUGGAAAGUUCCUGUUCAAUUUUUUUACAUGUUUAUAGGAAUUAUUUACAUAUUCUGGAUAUGAGCUCUUUUCAUAGAGGAUGCAAAUAUUAUCUCCAUCUUUAUAGCUUGCCUUUUAUUCUCUUAAUGGUGUCUUUUGAUGAAUAUACGUUUUUAAUUUUAAUAUAGUCCUAUUUAUCAAUAUUUUUCUUUCAUGUGUGUCUUGUGUCUUUUGAAUAAUUCUUUCUCUCCCUUAAGAUCAUGAAGAUAAUCUCUACCAUUUUAAAAAGUUUUCAAAUUUGCUUUAUCAUUUAUAUCUGUAAUCCAUUUGAAACUUAUUUUUCUGCCUGAGUGAGGUAAAGUCUAAUUUCAUUCUUUUCCCAUAUGGAUAUUCUUUUCAUCCUUCAUCACUUAUGGGAAUGCCUGUCAUUUCCCACUGUUCUACAGUGCCAAUUUGUCAUUAAUUAAUUUUCCAAAAAUGCAUGGAUCUGUUUCUAGUUUCUCUGUUAUGUUCCAUUGCUUUAUUUGGCUCUCCCUUCACCAAUACCAGAUUUUCCUAAUUAUCAUAGCUUUACAUUGUUCUGGUAUCCAGUGGAGCAAAUCAUCCUACUUGAAGAGUCAGACUCCAUGCCAAAUUUCUAUGUGUCAUUUUUCAGGCCCAACCAUAGGCAGUUACAAAGGCCGUACACCUCAUAAAGGAAAGCUACCCUCCCCAUGCCAGACUUGGGGCACAGCCAAUGCAUUGCAGUCUCUGAAGAAAGUUGCAGUCAAGGACUCAGACCCCUGGCCCAGCCAUGCUCUUAGGCGUAUCUGCAUUCCUAGUCCAAGCACCUCUAUUUGGAGGUCUCUUUAUUGAUGGCCUCCUCUAAACAAUUCUGAGACCUUUUUACUGGGAUCAGGAACCUUGAUGCCACUUGUCUUCACUUUCAAUAUUUAGUGCUUCUCCACUCCUAGCCCUUUUCCCUCUUUCUUCUCCCAGCCCUUAGGCCCAUAAAAUGGCUGGAGCCUUUUAUUUAGGUUUCUCAUGGUAGCGAGAUGAUCCCCAUAUCUUUGCUGGUUGUUUUGAUGCUUGCUUGACUCUGUUCCAUGGGUAAGAAUGUAACACUGCAGGAGCCAGCACUUUUUCCUGCUGAGCCUCAUGCUAAUGCUACUGCUGAUCGAAGGCUUGACUGACACCUUAUCAUUUUGGCAUGUUUUAACUGACCACCGCAACACCUGGCAGCUCAGUUCUUUCUGCAUCAGUUCUUAACACCACCUUCUUCUCCUGCUUCAUAAGUGUCUUGGCUGUUCCUGGUUCUUUGCAUUUACAUAUAAAUUUUAGGAUCAGCUGUCAAAUUUGACCUACUCCCUUCUAAAAAAUUACUGGGAUUUUGAUUCAGAGUGUAUUGAAUCCAUAGAUUAAUGGGGAGAAUCAACAUUCUUGCAUGAAUUUUCUAAUUCAUGAACAUAGUAUAGCAUUCCAUUUCUUUAGGGUCCUAAUUUUUCCCAAUAAUAUUUUAUGGUAUUCUGUGUUGGUCUUGAUCAUCUUUAUUAGAUUUAUUUAUAGACAUCUGACAUUUCUUCCGUGUAAUUGUUAGUAGUGUCAUUUUUUUAAAAUUUACUUUCUGUUUACAGAGACUUAGCAUUGAUUUUUAUAUAUUGACUUUGUAGCCAGCAUUCUAAUAACAUAUAGAUAUUUUUGGUCUUUACAUAUACCAUUCGCUAAUAAUGACAGUUGUAUUUCUUCCUUUCAAAUCCUUAUACUUUUUUUCACCCUUAUUACAUUAGUAUGACUUCUACUACCAUGCUGAAAAGAAGUGGUAAUAGCUGGCAUCUUUGUCUGGAAGGUCUGCUGUGACCUUAACUGUAGGUUCCUUUCUCCAGUGACUCAUCUUGAGAUUACCCUUCUCUCAUACCUCCAACAUUUUUGGGACUUGGAUAUUCCAAGCCCGUGCUAACCAUUCACUUCUUUGACUACACUCAGCAGAAGAGAAAUAGAAAGCUGCCAACCUCGUAGACUCAAACGAAAUCAUUUUCCCAUUUGUUACCCUCAGGAAUUGGCUCUUUCCAUCCACAGGUUCCACAUCCAUGGAUUCAACCAACUGUGUAUUGUCAGUAUUCAAAAAAAUAAUAAAAUAAAAAUAAAUAAAUAAAUAAAUAAAUAAAACAGUUAUCUUGAUCCUGAUCUUCAGAACCUGCCUUGCCUGAAAAUUUAACAUUUUUCACACUACCUAUGUGCGAGCCAACCAGCACUAGCUGAGAAGGGUUUCACAUUUUCUUGACUCUGUUUAACUUGCAUAAAAACAAGACUUUAGAACAAGUCUUACUUGAUGGUUGCACAGUUCAUUAAAACAUUUUAGAUUGAGCUCCAUUGAUAGCUGAUUUCUAAAAUAAUGGAACAUUUUUAAAAUACAGUAUAACAACUAUUUACAUAGCAUUUUCAUUAAAUUAGGUAUGAUCAGUAACCUUGAGAUGAUUUAAAAGUGUGUAGGAGGAUGUGUGUAGUUAUAUGCAAGUACCAUGCUGUUUAAUAUAAGGGACCUGUGCAUGCUGAGGUGUCCUGGAACCAGUCCCCAACAGAUACCGAGGAACAACUAUAUACAGUCAGUUCGCAUUACUUAUAGUUAGUUGGGUCCUAUAAUGUUGCUACAAACACUGAAUUAGUGAGUACUGAACUGUUGUUCCUAGAGUUAAUGGGGGGUUAAAUUCCUGUGAGCCUGUAGUCAUAAUAUUUUCAUCAAUCCAUAUGUCAUUUGCAUUGUAAACAUUCGUUCGCCAGCAUCCUUGUAAAACAAGCCAGUCCCAUCAGGGUUUGAAAGCAGCUCUUCCUUGGCUGAGCAGGUGGCUCACACCUGUAAUCCCAGUACAUUGGGAGGACAGGGCAGGAGGAUCACGAGCCCAGAAGUUUCAGACCACCCUAGGCAACAUAACAAGACCCUAUCUCUAAAAGUAAAAAAUAAAAAUAAAUAAGGAAAGCAGCUCUUCCACAUAACCCUUUUCUGUAUAAUACUACACAGAUGUUUUAAAAAUAUUCCAUAGCCUUCUAAUCUUUAGAACCUGUCUUGCCUGAAACUUUAACAUUUUCCACACUAUCAAUGUGGGAGCCAGCCAGCACUAACUUAGAAGGGUUUCAUAUGUUCUUGGGUUUUUUUCUUUAAUUAGGUGUCAUCUCAUGAACUCUCAAUUUUUUUUUUUUUUUUUUUUUUUUGAGAUGGAGUUUCACUCUUGUUGUCCAGGCUAGAGUGCAGUGGCGCAAUAUUGGCUCACUGCAACCUCUGCCUCCCUGGUUCAAGCGAUUCUCCUGCCUCAGCUUCCCGAGUAGCUGGGAUUACAGGCAUGCACCACCACGCCCGGCUUUUUCUUAGCUUCAUCCCACACUGUAGAUGUUGCUUUUUAGCACUUACCCUAGUGACCUCAUGUAUAGAUGACCAAAUUUUCUCUUCCUUUUUCUGGAUGUACCAAAUUGAAUCAUUAACAUUGUAUUUAUAGCCAACAGCACUAUCACUCAUGCAUGAAUGAAGCUUAUCUAACACACCUAUUUUCUCUGUAAGGCACAUGACAGUCUUCUUGCACUUAGGAACACUAGACAGCACUUCACCACUAUAUUUGGGUACCAUUUUAAACAGAAAAAUUACCCCCAAAAAGCACACAAAAAGGGGCACUAGUGAUGCCCCUAAAGGAAACUUGUUGAUGAUAGCUAAAACAAGAAGGCAGAGUGUCCCCUUGUUUGAAUUCUUCAGAUGGUAUUAGUUUCAUAGGGUUGCCAUAAUAGAUUACCACAAACUUGGUGACAUGAAACAACAGAAAUUUAUUUUCACACUGCUCUGGAGGCCAAAAGUCCAAAUUCAGUUGUUGGCAGGGCUGCACUCCAUCUGAAAGCUCUAGGGUACUUCCUGGCCUCUUCCAGAUUCUAGGAAUCCUAGGCUUGUAGCCACAUCACUCAAAUCUCAGCCUUUGUAUUCACACCAGCUUUUGUCUCCUCUGUCUUCUCCUUUCCUAUCUCUUACAGGGAUCCUUCUCACAGGAUUUAGGGCCCACCUGGAUAUUACAGGCUGAUCUCAUCUUGAGGUCAUAAACUUAGUAAUUACCUGCCAAGACCCUUUUUUCAAAUAAGGUCACAUUCACAGAUUCCAGGGGUUAGGACAUAGACAUAACUUUUUGGGGGCCACCACUCAACCUACUGCAGAUGAUAAAUUUUUCUCAGAAAUAAUUAAUACACUUGAGCACUGAAGUUGAAGUUUUCUGGCAAUUAGCAAAAGGGAAAAUAUGUUGUUUUAUAUUGUUUUUUAUUUGCCUAACAAAAGAAAGCAACUAUCUUUGCAGAGGUGAACUUUUUCCUGGAACUAAAUUCAAAUGAACACAUUGCUUGAAUCUAUGUAAAAUAUAUUAAAUAAUACAUAAUUGUCUUCAACUAUAGUUUUAAAAAGAGAAAAAAUGGGUUGGCCGGGCGCGGUGGCUCACGCUUGUAAUCCCAGCACUUUGGGAGGCCGAGGCGGGCGGAUCACAAGGUCAGGAGAUCGAGACCACGGUGAAACCCCGUCUCUACUAAAAAAAAAAAUACAAAAAAUUAGCCGGGCGCGGUGGCGGGCGCCUGUAGUCCCAGCUACUCGGAGGCUGAGGCAGGAGAAUGGCGUGAACCCGGGAGGCGGAGCUUGCAGUGAGCCGAGAUUGCGCCACUGCACUCCAGCCCGGGCGACAGAGCGAGACUCUGUCUCAAAAAAAAAAAAAAAAAAAAAAAAAAAAAUGGGUCAUAGUGAACCUUAAAACAAUCCCACAAAAUCUUGUGUUCUAUUAAAUUACAACACACCUACAAUAUCAAAUCAUAAGCAUACAAUUUUAUCACUUAAACUAAGUGAACACACUUGUGUAGCCCACACCCAGGUCAAGAAAUAAUAUUCUCAGCCUUCCAGAAGCCUUUAUCCCCAUGAUUCCUUGUAACACCAUGAUGAGUUAUGCCUGUUUUUGAACUUUGUGUAUACCAUGUAACUCUUGUGGCUAGCUUGUUUCUUUUGACAUUGUGAGAUGAAUCCAUGCUAUUGAAUAUAGUUUUAGUUCAUUCUCCCAUGAAAUUUCUAACAGUGAAGCAUUUCUACAUGAUGCUAAGAGAGUAUGUUCAGGGAUUUGCUUUAUAUAAUCUUGCUUUUGAUAAUCAAAAGGGUUCGACUUCAAGAAUCUAAAUGGAUGGAAAGUUAAAUGAUUAUCAAGUAGUGUCUCUCAGAUUUCACAUACAUUAAGCAAGUAUUGGCUUAAGAUUCAUGAUUGAAUUCUGUGACAAGUAUCUGUGAUCACAUACUCUUUAUAGCUACCUCAGAUUCUUUUUGUGAUGAUUUAGGGUAUGGAUGUGUGAAUAGAUAGCUAAAAUUUAUUCUUGCACAGCUAUAAAGCCAACCCACUUCAGCAUGAGCAUGAGUAGUAGAGGAAUUUCUGAGUAAAGACAAUUUGUUCUUCAGGAAAAAACUCUGGAUCUUCUAUGUCACAGUUUGGGUGCUUAGUUGGGAUUCCAAACUUCUUUAUCAAAAAGUAGGAAAGCUUCAGCCUGGAAGAUGUUUACAACAAGUUGCACAAUUCAUUAAAACAUUUUAGGUUGAGCUCUAUUGAUGUCUGAUUUCUAAACAAACAUAUUUCCAUUUAUGUAACUACUUCCAAUCUUCCCUUUCUUUCACCUCCCAUAGCACAUUGUUUCUUUCUUAGAACAUUCAUCUUCUCUUUUGCUUUGUUUGUUUUUUUAUUUUGAGCCAGUUUGUCACUCUGUUGCUUAGCCUGGGAUGCAGUGGCACAAUGUCAACUCAAGGCAACUUCCUGUUCCCAGUUUCAAGCAAUUCUCAUGCCUUAGCCUCCUAAGUAGCUGGGACUAUAGGCAUGCGCCACCAUGCCCAGCUCAUUUUCAUACUUUUAGUAGAGAUGAGGUUUCACCAUGUUGCCCGGGCUGAUCUCAAACUCCUGAGCUCAGCUAAUCCACCUUCCAUGGCCUGCCAAAGUGCUAGGAUUACAGGCGUGAGCCACUGCACCCGGCCCUGUUUUACUUUGUAUCUGUCUCUCUUGUCCUGCUCCUUUGAUUGUGAGUUUUUUGACUGCAGGGAUUAUUAUUAUUAUUCUUUAUGGAUUCUUUGCAGCCCUGAGUGUGGCUUGAGAUUGUACAAGUCAUCUUUGGCUAAUUAGGAUCAAUUAGUUUUUUGUCAUGUAACCAACAACCUCACAAAUCUCAGUGGCUUUCAAUAACAAAGGUUUAUUCUUAUUGCACAUCAGUUAAUGGGUCAAUUGCAGCUGUGCAAUACAUUCUUUCUAUUCUAGGACCCAGGCUGGAGGAGCAGUCCUACCUUGAAUGUGCUGCUCUUACAGCAGUAGAAAAAACAGUUGUAGGACUAUGUGAUGGAUUUAAAUUAGCUACUCUGGAGGAGCAUGUCACUUACACUUCAUUAGCUAAAACAAGUCAAAUUACCAAGCCUAGUAUCUGUGGGGUGGGGAAAAUAAUCCUUACAAAGAAGUCAGUGUGUAAUAACAAUACAUAAUCUAUUAUCAAGAUAGCGUAUCUACCCUGAUAGCCAAUAUUUAUGGUAUGCUUUCUAUACCAGGGCUUUUCCUGAAUGCCUAUAUAUAUAUAUUUUUCUCAAUGAACAACAAUGCUAUGAGACAGAUACCUCUAUAUUCCUAUUUUACAGCUGAAGAAGUUGAAGAACAAAGACAUUGAAUAACUUGUCCAAGAUCAUGCAGUUAGGAAAUGGUAGAGCCAGGAAUUGAAACCAGAAGUCUGACUUCACAAUCUUUUCUCUUAACCACAGUGCUGUAUUAUGAGAUUUUUAAUCUGAAGGUUUGUGUCUGUGUACCAUGUUGGGCUUUAAAGAGUCAUGAGGUGUGCUAGUAAAAACUCUAAAAGUGAGAUUCAGGAGCCCUUGGUCUCAUCCUGUCUUUACCUCUGAGUAACCAUAUUACCUAGGCUCAUGCCCCAUACCUGGGCCUCAAUUUCUAUAUCCUUAAAAAUAAGGUAAACAGACCGGAUAUUCUCUGAUACCCCUUCAGCUUUGAAUUUCUUAUAUUUUCUCCAAGUACAUAGUAAAAUACUUUGUUGAUGUUGAUAUGAUGACCUCUUUCAUCUUCUGCUUUCUAUGUUAUUAUCUUCAUAGCAGAUCUUGUAUCAGUAUUGAAUCUCCCCAAUCCUCUUCCUUCUAUUUUACUUCUCCUGUUUUACUUUAAUGAUACUACUACUACUACUACUGUCUACAAUUUAUUGAGACCUACUGUUUCAGAACAGGAAAAUAAACCCAAAGAAAGCUGAAGGAAGAAAGUACUAAAGAAAAGAGCAGAAAUCAACAAAAAAGCAAACAUAUAUCCUCACUUAGAGCCUUCAUAUAUAAAGAGUGUGUUUUAGAUGAUGACUCCUGGCCUUAAACAGGAGGCUGUUUCAAAGCAAGACUUUUCCAGAAGAAGUCCAACACAGAGUGAUGUCCAGGGGACUAAAUAGAAACAUUUAUCAGGGACCCAACACUGAACAAGUUCAUGGGCUUCUGAAUAGUUUUCCCAAGUGAAGGGAGAUCCCCUUUGAAGAAGCGCAACAGACAUUGCCUAAAGCUAAGGAGAGUAUCACUGAUAAAGGAACCUGAGACAUCUGGGAGAAUUUGCUCUGAAAUUCAGUCCUGCCAAUGGUCUGAGAGUGGGAAACCCUCCUUUCAGUUUCCACAUGAUUUUCAACUUCAGCAACUGUAAUAAAACAAGCAGGCUCUCAAUGUAAAGUUAGUGGACAAGUCGUUUUUAUGAAAAUAUCGCUCCCUAUUUAAAAAAGCCUUAACACACCAGCAGCCCUGAUUUAAACACCAGCAUGUCCAAACUGGAGGAAAGCCCUGUGUGUAUCCUCAACAUGGAAAGACCUUCAGUGUAAACCCAAGUCCCAUGAAACAACAGAGAAGCCAUCCUGGAGAGGACUUGCAUGAGAGUAAAGAAUGUGGCAAAAUCUUCAGACCCUGGAUCUUGUCAGACAUCAGAGAGCUCUUGUGGAUAUCUUCAGUGUGGAAAGCCUUCUGUGCGAACUCAGUAUUAUUGAACAUAAGUAAAUUCAUUUUGGACAAGAGCGUUAUCUAUAUUCAUGGGUACAGCAAAGCCUUAAAGUGCUGUGACAGCCUUCUUAAACAUCAGAGAAUCUGCACUGGAGAAAAACCCUAUUGGUCUGAAGAAGAUAGUAAAAGGUUCAUUGUGGUUCAGCUCUGGUCACCCACCAGAGAAUCCACACUGGAGAGCAGCACCAUGAUGAACAUAGUGUGUGAGGGAAGGCCUUUAUUUGGAAGCUAGCACUUAUCAAUCACCAGAAUACCCAUGCUGGAGAGAAAAUUUAUAAAUGUAAAAAUGUAAAAAAGCUCAAUCUUAUACAUCAAAAUCCACACUGGAACAAAACUGUAUGCAUAUGACCAUAGGGAAGCUAACAGUGUUACCUCAUUGCUUAAAGGGCAUCAAGAUUCCCGCAUGGGGAAAAGCUCUUUGUAAAUUACGUGGAAAAACCUUCAAAGUUCAGAUCUUAUCCAGCAUCAGAGUCCACACUAGAUAGAAGCUUUAUGACUUGGACAAAUGUAAGAAAACAUUUUGAUGAACUCAUCCUUUACUAAGCAACAAAGGAUACACAACAAAAAUGAACCUCAAUAAUCAAAUAUGUGGUAGAGAGAUAGUAGAGGAAUUUUUCAGCGUCAUCUGUCAUGAUUAAGGAAAAAACCAUUAAAUAGAAGUGGUGACAAUAAAAAAAAAAAAAAUUAGACCAAAUGCAUAUAAUCACUUUAACUGACAUUAUUUUAUGGAAUUAAAGACAAGUGUUAUUAGAAAAAGAUUAGCAUGUCACUUCAUCGGCAGAGUUGAGGAAUUAAUCUUCUGUGACCAAUCUCUAUGGAUAUUUAACUGUCUUUGAUAUGAUUAACUUUUUAUUUUCUGUAGUAGAGGUAGAGAGUAGAGGUAAGUCUUUAUAACUAAUCACAUAACUAUAACCUGGAUAAUCCAAACAUUAUUGACUAUAUUGUUGUUUGUUUGGAAUUCAUAAUGCUCAUUAAAAUUUUUCUAAGAAUGA